AUGCCUUACCGGCCGUACCUGCCGUACCUGCCAGUCAUCGCGCCCUCCGUGCCUGCCCCCAGCAACGAAGGGGGGGGGGGGAAAUCACGUGCUUCUGUAAUUUUCAGUACGAGGGGCCCCGGUCGCGUUCGCCCUCUCCUUUCUGAACCCGCCUUCCUUCAGUCUCGACCCCCGACCGCCCGUGUCUUGAAAUCUUCGCGAUCCCCGAGAAUACGCUCCGCGUUCGCUCCGCGACCAACCCCCUUCCCCUCCCUCCCCACCAUCAACGUGGCCCCGAUCCCCAAAGCCCUCCCCGCCAGUGGCCGACCGGGCGGGCAAUGGGGAAUGCCUCCUCUGUCGGCGUACACUUCGUUUGAGUCCCUACUCUUCUUCCAAUCCCUUGCGACAUCUGAUGUGCGCCCCGCGAGCUUCGCGUCGAUCUCGGCGCUUUUGAGCAAUAAUCCGCUUGUGCGCCAGAAUGUAGCCUUCAGUGCCGAUCGCCUCAGCCCAGAAGCUUUGGAGGAUCUCUAUGCGACCUUGUUACGCGACGGCUUUGAUCGCGACCAUGUGUCGACAGCCUUGAAUGGACGCUCAACGGAGACCUCGGGCCCAAGUAACCCGAAGAAGCGCAAAAUCUCCAGCCCGCGCCCGGAGGGGCUCGCCGAUGGACUUCCCCAUGCCGUUCUGGUUCCUGAGCUGGUGUCAUACCUCUACGCACGGUAUAAGGAGCGUGUGACGAAGGAGAUCAGGGAUGACGAAAAGCGGUACGCCGAAAUCAAGACCGAAAUCGAGCGCCUGCAGAAGGAAGGCGCCAAGUCCACGGUGCAGGCCGCGAAGGGUAUUGUCGCACCGCAAGCUACAAAGCCCGAACGUGGCGAGCUUAUGGAUAUCGACGUGAAACAAGAAACUCCACGACAUGAACAUCCCGACCAACCGAUCCCUCGCGCGAAACAAGCCCCAGCGGGCCAACCGAUUCCGCAGGGGACCAAGCCUGAGUCGAGUCAAUCCAGAGAUAUACCACGUCCGGGGGGGUUACCUGUGGCCCUCGGGCCGCCUGGAGCUCAAUCACCGCACGCUCCAAUCCAACCCACUCUCGUCAAGGCUGGACAGUCACCACAGCCGCAGACGGUCAAUGGGCAGAAUAUACCGCACCCUCCAGCCCAACCGUCGCUUCCUCCCAAAACUCUGCAGCCAGGCCCUUCAACUCCUGCAGCAGCACGAAUCACGCCAGCCCAUCCGUCGCAAGUUGCUCCACGUCCCAAUACCCUUGUGGCUACGCCUAUUCCCCCAGGCAAAGCUGCUAUACCCCCAUCCGCUCCCCCACAACCCACCCCCACCAAAUCCAGCUUCCAGCAGUGGCAGCUCGAAGCACCUCCACACUCUCCUUACUCCGCAACCUCCCCCACCACCGUUACGCCCCAGGUCAGCUCAGCAGCCGCAAAACAGCCUCUACCCCUCUCUCCCCAAGUCCCUUCAAGGACACAGUCCAAGGCCUCCAUUUCCUCAGCCGUUCCAAGCACGCCUGGUGUGCCGACUUCGGCAGCUCAGACUCCUGUUCCCAUUGGGUACCCGCGCAUCUCACAAACGCCGAGUGGGGUGAUUCCAUCUUACUCCGAAUCCCGUGGAUCACGCCCUCGAUUAUCCAUUGACACCCCAGGAUCUUGCACCCCAUGGAAGAGAACCCCGCGUUUGAGUAUCCCCGAGUCACCGGCAUCACCAGAUCGCCCACGGCCAGAAGAUGUUAGUCCGAUCAGCGAAAGAGCCCCUUCUCCCGAUGCUAUGGAUAUAUCGCCACCUCGGGAGAGGAAGAUCACUCGUCGAAGCCAAGCUACUGUUUCGGAAAGCAAGGGAUCAGCGCCCAGUAUCAAGAUCGAGAAAGGCGCCUCGGCCCGGAGGAAACGUGCGAUCAGCUCCGCCUCUACUCAAAGCCGCGGGCGUUCGGUGGUCUCGCGUGAUGAGUCACCCGAUCCUUCUAGGUCCGCGACACGCCGGAAGGCAGCCGUGGCAAUUCCGGAUGACCAAACGCCCAAGGGACGAUCGAAGCGCAAGCGUGGUGUCAGUGAGUCCAUGGAUCAGGAACCCAUCCUCCCUGAGCAACCCAAGAUCGAUACCACCAAGUAUGUUCUUUGCACACGCGGUUUCCACCGAACAGCUGCUCCCAUUUUAAACGAUGUGACAACCCACAAGCUUGCGUCGAUCUUUGCCAAGCCACUGGGAGAGCGGGAUGCCCCGGGCUAUCACGAUCUCAUUUAUCGACCUCAGGACCUAAAGUCUAUCAAGUCUGCCGUCCAUCAGGGAAGCAAAGCUGUUGCCGCCGCAACCGAGGCCGUCAGCACUCCUGCAGGGGACGGUGAAUCUCCCGUACCUGCUGCCGGGACUCCGUCCAAGAACAACGUGCUCAUGCUGCAGAAGACCGAAGAUCUCAUCCCACCCAAGGGUAUUGUGAAUUCCGCCCAGCUGGAGAAGGAGUUUAUCCGCAUGUUCGCGAACGCAAUUAUGUUCAACCCCGUCCCGGAAAGAGGCUUGGGUCCCGCCUUCCCAAUGAGGAAUGAGCGUGGCUCGCGCGAAAGUACUCAGUCCGGUGACGGUGACGAAGGAGGUAUUAUCCAGGACUCGUUGGAGAUGUUCGAGGACGUCGAGCAAGCUGUGACUCACUGGCGUCAAGCUGAACGUACCGCUGAGCGCAAUGCCGACGAGUUAGCGAAUAAGAACGUGCUCGCUUUGCGACGUGGCAGCGCCAGUGAUUUUAACACUGAUAGCGCGGACGACGUUAAAGGGUGA